AUGUAUAAUCUCAGAACUAGAAAAAAGCACAAUUACAAACAACUGAAUAGCGGUGCUACAAGCAAGGGCGACAAGACGAGAAGAAACUCCCUUGACGAGCCUAGUUGCUCUGAUACCCUCGUUUCUGACAGCCCUGGGAAUGCCUUAGAAGAUCCGUUAGAUGGACAGAAUUUCUUCGACAGCAAUCAAAUUGAUAAGAUUUCAGGAAAUGAUCAGCAGGAUGGAAACCAGUUCUCAGAUAGAUCUAUUGACCAUAUCCAUUCAUUACCAAGUGGCAUGCAAACUGAACAUAGCUCCGAAACGGAAAAAGGCCAGAUUGAAAUGAGACAACGUUUGACUAGUGCUGCUGAUAAAGAAGAACCGACGGAAUUUAAUCAGAGAGUGUCCCUCCCUCAAGAGUCGCAGGAAAAUUCCAUCAUUGUGACGCAAGAUCUGUCUGGGAGGCCACUGCAACGAUUGGGUACGUCAACAAUCCGACAGAUAAUAAAUUUUCCGACUAACAACUUGGCUUACGGUCCAGGACAUCAUGAUAUGUCUCUUCAGCCUGAGCAAUUUUACAGUCACAACUCUACAGAUUCAACAGAGAGCAGCGAGGAACAUGGCAAUCAAACAUCAGCCAGCGAGAGUGACGAAGCGGGAACUUUAAGCUUGGAGGAAGCAUUCAAAAGCAAAUAUAAGUUCGGGUUUGACGAAUUUUCCAUGAAUCCUUUCGAUAAACCAGAUAUUGAACAUACUACUGAGCGAAACGUGCCAGAAAGUGAUCUGGCAAAGCUAGAGUCGUGGCUUAAGACAUCUCCUUAUCGUAUUUGGGUUACCAAAUACGCUGCACCUGAACCGCACGCCAUCUGUAAGUAUGGCGAUUGCAGACAUGUUUUUACACUCAAAGGCAAUCCGACCUCGUUCAACAUCAUCGUACACCUCAGAAGAAACCAUAGACAGGAUUUUGAGCUGUUUAGCACGAAGCUGAAAAAGAGCCAACCGCAGCUUAGUGAUAUCAAAGGGGUGCUUUCAAUAAAUAAGAAGCCAUUUGGGCUCAGACGCGAGCUGCUAAAUUUCAUGUACGCGAACGAGCUCAGGAUAAACCAACUGAAUCUGUUCAUUGAGACUAUUAUUCCUUUUAGUACGGCCGAAGCUCCCGCUUUCAAGAAACUUUUGGAGUGUUCCGGUGCCAGAAGUCAUAAUUACAUUUCCUCGAGGAAGGGAUUAGUAUCUACGAUGGAGAAAUAUGAGGAGCAAUUUAACCUUCAAAUGAGAGAUACGCUGAGAAAGUCUUUAAAUUACAAUAUUAUUCUAGACAUGUGGACUUCCUCGAAUCAAAAGAGCUAUCUGGCUAUUCUUGUCUCGUUCUGCCCUAAUUUGCGCAGAGGCAGAGACAGAUUAACUAUCCGAGAUGUGACAACCAAUGGAACUCCAAAUGUUCACAUUAUAGAUUUUGUGGAUUUAAGCGAAGAAAGACAUACAGGCAGUAAUUUGAAGGAGGCUUUAUUGAGAUCGUUAAGAAGCUUCUCAAUUGGAAGCAAAAUCAGCAGUGUUACUGUUGACAGUGGUUCCAACAACAUCUCCAUGCUUAGCGAGCUGGAUCAUGACAUUAAAGGCGCACCAGGAGUUAAUAAGGAGGGAGGAUUAGUAAAAGUAAGAUGCAUGAAUCAUCUACUAAACCGAGUUUUCCAAGAUGUAAUGGCUGGAUUUGAGAAAUCUGAGAGCUCUUUAUUAUCCAGAAUAGAUCGAUUAACUGUAAUUUUGAAGAGAAAUGUCUUCAUCAGAAAUAAGUUGAGGGAGUUUACUCCGAAAACGAUCCCAAGGUAUAAUUGUACUCGGUUUGUAUCCCGUUAUAGGCAGCUUUCCGUGUUUUUAAAGCUGACAGGACCUCUGAAGGAUUUUUACUUCGAGAAUCGAUUGGACAAGCGAUUCCAGCUCACAUCGGAUGAUCUGUCCUUAUUCUGUUACGAGCCGUCUGAAAUAGAGGUUCUGAAGAUAUUUCUUCGUCUAACUCGAAUAUUCGAUGAGUACACAAUGCUGCUACAGGAUGACAUGCUCGAUAAUCUACCAAAUGGCAUUGAAUACUAUCUUCAAAUUGACGAUUUUUUCAAAUCAUGCAGGGAAGUAAGGAAUGGCUCAACUAAAGUCGAUCAUUUGCGAAUUUUAGGUCUUAAAAAGAGGCAUUUAUCUUCCGUGGAACCAAGCGUACUAACCCAUCUACUUGCAAUCAUCGAAGACGCAUAUCCCAAGUUUAAGAAAUACAUGAGCCUUGCUCUUGCCGAACCAGGAUAUUGGGUAGCGCAUCUUUUGCAACCAUUUUGCAAAACUGCGAUCCUCAAGAGUGCUUUCGAAGAGGACUUUCAGCAACAGAUUUUGGAUCUUUCUGAAAGAUAUGUGGAUUACUAUCUGUUCAAUUUCAGGAAUAGAGUAAAAGAAAACAGGAGCCGUCAGGUACAAAAAGAUUUAACCCGUGCUGCCUUGGAUCCACGCAGCAGAAGCUAUAAGGUUUUCAAGCAACUGCGUAGACAUAGACGCAAGUAUGUUAAUGCUAUAAACUCCAAAAAUGAAUGGGAGUGUUACCUGGAAGAACCGAUUCAAACUGACAUUAGUUACCUCGAUUAUUGGAUCGCAAAUCAAGAUAGAUAUCCAGGUUUGUUUGAAUUGGCUCUAUCUUUCUAUUAUACAAAGCUAUCAUCGGCUCAUGUAGAAAGAUUUUUUUCGAUCAGCAAGACAGCACUGGAGAAUAGGUUCUCAUUGUCAAGUACGAAUCUGAAACGCACAAUGGUUCUGCGUAACCGACUCAAGUGUUUUGGAAUGGGUCAUGGUUUACAGAAAAUUGAUGAUAUUCCGGUAGAGCAGUGGAUUCAGGAUGAGGAAACUGAGCCAGAAAUCACUGAUGUAUGUCCAGCAGGAACUGAAGAUUCACCGUUAUACAUUCCAAUUUACUCAGACAGCGAUUCUAGUGAGGAAGAGGAAUGA